UGAUGUGUGAUGUGAAUAUGGGGAGCAGGAGCAGAGGAUCAGCCUGUUGGAUCGGGAUGACAGCUGAUCCUUGUGUAACGCAGAUGCCAAACACAGGGACUCAUCUGCAGCGGGUCAACACGUAGCCGACAAGCUAACAAAACUAUCCAUGAUAUAAAUGCUCGAGAAUAGAUUUAUUGAAAGAAUGGCAGAAAGCGGAAAGCGAUCAAACUGUAAAUAAGUGUCUACAAAAACAACAACGUGUUAAACAUCCAGAAUUACUUAUCAGACAGGUAAUGAGUUAACAUGGAAGCAGGCAGUGUGGUGCGUGCUGUCUUUGAGUUCCUGCCCAGUGUCUCAGAGGAGCUUCCUCUCUUUACUGGUGAUGUUGUUGAAGUCCUGAGCGUAGUGGAUGAGUUUUGGUUGCUCGGGAUCAAAGACGGAGUCACAGGUCAGUUUCCGAGCACCUUUGUUGAAUCUGUCACAGUUCCCCCUACGAAGGCAAGAGAGCAACUUUAUGUUUGUAUCAGUGACUUCAACUCCUCUGAGCCAGGCAACCUGCCCCUGAAGAGAGGUGAUGUGGUGGCUGGAGAAGGCAAUGUAGACGCAGUUUGUCACAGGGGGCGGAAUGCCUGGGGCUCACGAGGAAUUUUUCCAUUAUCCUGUGUAAAGGAGCUGGAGCUAUCAGGCCGCUCUAGACAGCUGAGUGAGCGCAGUGCGGCUGCCCAAGAUUCUGAGCUGCCUCCUUAUGCUCUGGGCCAGGGUCGUGCUCUCAUGAGUUUGCACGCCCAGCUGGAUGAAGAGCUUGACUUUCGUGAAGGUGACAUCAUCACUAUUGUGGGCAUGCCUGAGCCAGGUUGGUUCCAGGGUGAGCUGGAAGGAAGGACAGGAAUCUUUCCUGAGGGUUUCGUAGAGCUGCUUGCACCUUUGCGCUCGCUCCAGCCUGCCAAGUCUAUGAGCCAUGGACAGAGUCAGUAUUCCCCAUGCAGAAUGGAGGAAGAGGAGGAAGAGGAGGAGAAGGAAGAAGAAGAAGAAGUAGAAGAAGAAGAAGAAGAAGAAGAGGAGGAGCGACUGAAAGACAGUGUAACAGGGCAGACCCAGGAAAUAGAUAAAGAGGAAGCUGGUGUGUAUGGAAUCGCACAGUAUGAGUUCCGAGCUCUGGAGCCUGGGGAGCUGGACUUUGAUGUUGGGGACAGGAUACAAAUACUCAAAACUUUAGAGGAUGGCUGGCUUGAGGGGCAGUUGCAGGGCAGAAGAGGUAUUUUCCCCCACCGCUUUGUUAAAAUUGAAAAACAGUUAGAGGAACAAGUGCCCUGUGACAAAGAAGAAGAGGACAGUUAUGCUUCUGAUCAUAGUUGUGGUCAAGAAGACCAAGCUUUACAAGCUCAUGCUGAGGAUGGAACAAACCAUGAGGACUACACCGUGUGGGAUCUGGACUACUUUGAGAGAAGAGAAGAAUGCAGAGAGGCCUGUAAAAGGGACACACAGUCAGAAAUCAGCUGUCAGGUCACUGUCAGCUUGACUCAGAAUCAGCCAGGUCCCAGGAGACAAGAAAGGCCACCACCACCACUUGUCCAUCCCAGUAAAACAGGCAAUUCAGGCCCCAGGCCGCUCCAGAGAACUAACUCAGGAAAUCUGAUUCCACCACGACCACAGCUGCCUCCUCGUCCCAACCUCCACAACAGACAGAACAGCACAAGUAAUCACAGCAGCCCUCCUGAACCACCACCUGUUCCUUACACCAGAAACACCAGCCUUAACCGACCUAAUAGAAAUUCAAGUCUUCAGAGCAGUUUCUCCUGGACAAGGAACAAAGGCUACUAUGCCUCCUAUGAUAGCAGAUUCCCCUUCAACAGCAAAAAAUCUGCCAGUCAAGCCAAGAGCAGACAGAAGUUGACCCGCCACUCAAGUGUCAGUGAUGCUGACCUUGGAACUUAUGAACAUGUGGAGCAUAAUAUGUGCUCUCAGGAGAAGGGCACUAAUGGACUGCCCACGUCUUAUACAUUAGGCGCUUUGUCUGGUGACCUGGAAGCCAAGUUAUCCCAGCAGCUACUGGAGUUUGAGAGUAGCCUUCCUGGCAGGUAUAGAGGAAAUGAGGAGCAGUCCAUGAGUAACAAUCAAUGUAAAGACAAGUUUUCCCGCCACUUUUCUAUCAUGGACUACAACAGCGAGAGUGACAUCAUCAAAGGCUCCUACCACCCAUUGCCCCAUGAUUCACCUCUCUCUAGCCCCAGCUCCACUCUAGAAAGACGGAAAACCCUGCGCCCUCCUCCUCCCCGUCCCAGGAUUCUUAGACGACCAGCACCUAGUAUUUCUCAUGGUCACACUUCUCUUAACAACGGUCAAGUUACUCAACAGCCCUAUAGGCCAAUGCGACAAGCUCCACGGCCACCUCCACCUUAUCCCCGACCUACUAUGCAGCAUUCCAACCCCUUAGUCUCAACAGAGGAAGAGGAGCGUACACAGGAGGCAAUGGCGGCAGAGGUUGACAAUUCUCUAGAGAGGGAGAGAGAGAUUGAGCAAGAGAGGGAAAGGGAGCAGGAGCAAUAUAGACUUCUCCUAAGACUUGAGGAAGUUGAAAGGGACAUUGACAUGUACACACACACAGCACAGGAGUUGAGUGCCAUGCUAGAGGAAGAGGGAGAGGAGGAUGAAGUGGCACGUCAGCAGGCCUUGGAGAAUCUGGAGUUCUGCAGCUUCACUGUGGAGACUCUCACACUGGAGCAACAGCAGUUGCGAGAGAUGGCUGUGCUGUCGGCCCAGCCUAAAUCGCAAGAACCUGCUCCAGCCACCACAGAGGAUCCUGAGCAAAGAAUGUUAGAGAAAAGGUCAAAGGUCAUAGAAGAGCUUCUGCAAACCGAGAGAGAUUACAUCAAAGACUUGAACAUGUGUAAAACAGAAAUUAUCCUACCCCUGCAGGAAAAAAAGGUCCAGAAUGUGGACUUUGAUGGGCUCUUUGGCAACAUCGAGGCUGUAACUGAUCUCUCCACACGUCUUGAAAAAGCUCUUUGCGACACAGACUCGAUAGGAAAAGUGUUCUUGGACUUCAAAUCAGAGCUGGAGGAGGUGUACAAGGUCUACUGUCAGAAUCAUGAUGAUGCCAUUGCUUUGCUGGAGUCCUAUGAGAAAGAUGAAUAUAUUCAGAAACAGGUGCUGGAAUGCCUGGAGAACCUCAGAACCAUAUACCAUGAGUGGGGAAAGGCCAACUACAUAAAUCUGGGUUCGUUCUUAAUAAAGCCUGUACAGAGGGUGAUGCGUUAUCCGCUACUGCUCAUGGAGCUUUUGAAUGCCACACCAGAGUCACACCAUGACAGGAAGCAGCUUGCAGAUGCAGUGUCAUCUGUCAAAGGAAUCAACGUCAACAUCAAUGAGUACAAAAGAAGAAAGGACUUGGUGGUGAAGUACCGCAAAGGGGAUGAGGACAGACUCAUUGACAAGAUCUCAAAACUAAGCAUGCACUCCAUCAUCAAGAAGUCAAACAGAGUGAGCAGUCACCUAAAGCACCUGACUGGAAUUGCACCACAGAUUAAAGAUGAAGCUUUUGAUGAGGCAGAGAAGCGAUUUAGACUCCAGGAAAGAUUAAUCAAGUCCUUUAUCAGGGAUAUCUCUCUUUAUCUGCAACACAUAAGGGAGUCGGCCUCCGUGAAAGUGUUGUCAGCCAUCAGCUUCUGUGAUAUCUACACAGAGCGACAUAAGCAUCUGGAUCCUGAGCGCUUCCAAAGAGCUCACCGGUGUAUCAGCGACAAACAGUUCACUGAAUUUAAAGAGAGGAUGGAGGCUCUGGUCAUCUCACCCCUCAACCAGCUGCUUUCCAUGUUUGCUGGUCCACACAAGCUGAUCCAGAAACGCUUUGACAAGCUGCUUGACUACGAUAACUGUAAGGAGCGAGCAGAGAGGCUGAAAGAUAAACGUGUGCAAGAAGAAUUGCAAACAGCAAGGAACAACUACGAAGCCCUGAAUGCCCAGUUGCUGGAUGAGCUUCCCAAAUUUCAUCAGGCUGCUGAGGAGCUCUUCACCAACUGUAUGCGGGGCUUUGCCCAGGCACAGAGAGACUUCAUGUUUCUCACACAGGGAGAGCUCUCUCCACUCCUGCAGCUGUCGGGUAUAGGAGGCACAGAGGGGAACCUGGUGUCGCUGUUUCAGGAAGAGCACAGCAGAGUGCUCCAGCUUUUACAGAGCUUCAGCUUCUUCCCAGAGAACCUGCCCACACUACGCAAACCCUACGAAAAGAAAACCCUGGAAAAACAAAAUUCCAAGAAGCCACUUCUAAACCCGCCAAAUUCCAUAAUGCAGACAAAUGAGCAUCGGACAGGACUACUUGCUCUCUACGGCCCAGAGAAACUCUACCAGGCUGAAAGGAAUUUUAAUGCUGCCCAGGACCUGGAUGUGUCCAUACAGGAGGGUGAUAUUGUGGGAGUCAUCAAACAGCAAGACCCCAUGGGAAGUCAGAAUCGCUGGCUUAUAGAUAAUGGUGUCACAAAGGGCUUUGUUUACAGCUCCUUCUUAAAGCCCUAUAACCCACGACAAAGCCAUUCAGAUGUUUCUAUCGAGAGUCAGUCUUCCACUGAGUCAGGAUAUGGAGGCUCAUCUCCUGUGUUCUCACGACAGAACAGCAACAGCACACUGACAUUCAACCACGAGACAUCUUCUGUCAGCUUCUCUUCAGGUCACGCUCCAAACCAUGCAUCACUACGUCUGUCUCAGGACUCUAACCCCUCACACAUGAUGCCCCAAAUCGAUGCUUCAUCACCAAGCUACCCUCAGACUAAUCAAAGGGAUACCCCUGAUUCUACCUACAGGAAUUCCUCUGAUCAGAAAGAACUGUCUGAGACUUCUGUUCAUAAUGCUGCCAAUCACAGAGACUAUUCAGAGCCUUUAUACCGAAAUCCUGCCAAUUACAGGGAUUCUUCUAACUCCGGUUACACUACACCAACUAAUCACAGAGAACACUCAGACUCUUCAGAGACAGACUCUUUUUGCUUCAAUAAGAACUCUAAACACUAUGCAUCUCAGAGGCACACAUCUUAUGGCACUCAGCCGAGACAGAACACUGUGUGUUCAGCACAAAAAAGGAAGCCUCAGUACUCUGCGGAUGAAUACAUAGAGCCUGAACAUGAGCUGGAUGGCCAUCAGAUAUAUUAUGCUCUUUAUUCAUUCACUGCACGCUGCUCAAAUGAGCUGAGCAUUUCAGCCAAUCAGAGAGUUAGAAUCCUAGAGUUCCAGGACAUGAAUGGCAACCAGGAGUGGUGGCUGGGUGAAGCCGGAGGACAGCGAGGCUAUGUACCUUCCACCUACAUCCGCAAGUCAGAAUACACCUGAGCAUGAAAGCUGCAUCAGAGGAAGAGAAAUAUCCAGCUAUCCCAAACCACCACCAAAUAAGCUGAGCUGCAGAGCCAUGUGGAAGAAAGGACAAUGUGUUUUUACUUAAUGAGUGAUGGCUUGAUGUGGUGAAUGAGAAAGCAGAUCAUUGCUGCUUCUGGGAACAAAAUGUCACUCUCCAUGAAUGCAUUUUCUGGCUUUCCUUUAUUUUCUCUUAUGAACAUUACCUCUGAUCUCCUCGUUGUGGCAUUCUUGAAGAGCAACUAUAACUUUGCAUUUUGAGUUUGGAGAAAGAAUGGAACGAUUGUGUAAAAGCAAGGGUUAUGUUAAGUUGACUGAAUGAACAGUAAAUGCCUGCAUAUGAGUUGGGAAGGACAAGUCCAAAUAUAUGCUAGCACCUAACUGGUUUGCUAAAAGAAAUAGACCAUGAAGUAAAAGUUACAGAAUGAAGUGGUUGUAUAUGGUAACACUGGCAAGAACCAUUACUAGAGAGAGUAAAGUAUGAGUGCAUGUUCUCUGGGCAUUAGUGAACAAAAGCAGUGGUUUGAGCAUGACAUAUUGGAGCUUUUUUUCUGGACUUGCUUGUUAGACAAUCAGAAACAUCCCAUGUUCAAAUGUGUAUGUAUACACAAACAAUUAACAAAGUGAGCAAAUCUUUCAUAAAACUCAGAAAAAGACUCAAUAUAUGCUGAACAAUAUUUAAGAGCCCAAAUAAAAUGUAAGGAGGUGUUUUUUUUAUUAUUAUUAUUAUAAAAACAGUAUUCAAUAAUUUUGUAUUUUUCACUUUUCUAAAUGAAUUGUCCCAUACAGUGAUCCUGAUUGGGAUUAAGAGCCAGAGCCACAUAGGAGUUUGAUCAAUAGUGAAUUCAUCUUUUGGAAGCCCUAGAGGUCUUUUUGAUGCAUGCCACUUUAACAUACUGUUGAUGAUUUUCAUCAUAUUCAUCUCUGAUGCUGUAUAGUAACCAUGUAUGUACUGUAUUCCAGUCACAAGCAACCUAUUCCUUUCUCAUUCGAAUAAAACAACUAGGAAAAAUAAA